AUGGCAUGUGAUUGUGUGACAUCGCAUGUUGGGAAAUGGGUUGUUUUUUACCGAAGGUGUAAUUAUUUCAUUUCCUUGGGAACAUAGGUUUGUACAUUGAUUUUUUUUCACUGCAUUACCUGACUACAAUAUAAUUUACUGUAUCCUUAAACAAAUUUGAAAAGGGAACAGACGUCUACUCAAUGCAGUUCAUCUCGGGGCUCCAUCUCAAUAAGAUAGCUUCUGUUGCUCUUGAUUAUUAUUAGUAUCUUGUUUCAUGGGCAUAAAUGUGUUUUCCCUUAUUCAUGAAUCUUCCGCCUUGAUUUGAUGUUUAGGUGCUUUCCUGUUCGGUAAUAUCGUGCUCUCUUUCUAUUUUUAACGGGCUUUCGUAUUGUUAUGAUGUACAAGGUGUUUGACAGUCAUAUAGAAUAUCCUUGUUUUUACAUGCUUUCCUAGUUUUUUUUUUCCAGUCAGGUCGAAAGGAAACAGUUCUUGAUCUGGCGAAGUUCAUUGACAAGGGUGUGCAAGUUAAACUCACUGGGGGCCGACAAGGUAUGCUUUGAAACUCAUACCAGACCAGCACGUGGGACAUUUUUUUUUCUUCAUUUGAAAGAAAAUAUGUUUCUUCAAUUUGUCCUGGAUUCGGAUGGUUUAGCAGUUAGUUAUCUUUCAGAAAAGGGUUAAAUGAAGAGAUGUAACUGUAGUUCUCAAUUGGUUCUUGCCAAUUCUUCUAUGAACUAGAGUUGGGUCAAUGUCUAAUUGGUUUCUAACGGUAAUUGAUCAGUCAGAAAGCAUAUGUGAGACGUUUCUGUGGCAUAGGAUCAUGAGUGCUUUGAACAGUCACUGAAGAAAUUCCAAAAGGUUUGACAUCGUCCAGUACAUUUAUAGCAUUCAUAUGAAUCCCAGAAUGAAUGACGGACGUCUUGAUUCUUGUUCUCCAUGAUAUCCAAACGAGCGACCAUAGAUGGAAAUGGGGUUACAACUUACAAAACCUGUGUGUGCCUCUGUCACAAGGCUGCCUUGCAGUUCUUGCAACCAUGGAGGCUCCUCCAUGGAUAGAAUGGGAUCAGUAUACUUUUUGAUCAGAUUCAUAGGCUUAGGAAGUCAGGGAUGUUGACCAAUGCAGCGUAGGGUCAACUGUUUGCUCUAGUCCACUGAAAUGUGAAGAAUUUUUUCUUCUUUUUUUUUACCUGGAAGCAAUGCCAUUAAAGUUGUGAACUUUUACAGAACAUGGGUCAGUUUUUCUCACAUUUUCUUCUGAAGAAAGUGCUUUUUUUGGUUGUGCCCGGAUUAUUGUCCUUUACAUUUCGGAUUGUCCCCUUCAAUUCCUUGACUGUGUGUUCUUAUCUACUUUCAGUUGUAGGAACACUUAAGGGAUAUGAUCAGUUGCUAAACCUUGUGCUAGAUGAGGCAAUUGAGUUCAUCAGAGGUGUGAGCUGCCAACCUUCUUUCAUUCUUAGAAGCUAAGCCUCGUUGAUUCAUCUGAUCAGUGAUUAAGAUAAAGAAAUGAUGUUGUCUCUUAUUCAGUUUUAUCAUGAUUAAUCGAAUGAGAUGUUUUUGUUUCUGAUAUAAAAUGAAGAUAAAUAUCCCACCCGCAACAUUUGAGGAAACCAGUCUCUCCUAAUCCCAUCUUAAUUUUUUCCUGGCUUUUGAACUAUCUUCUCUCUCUCUCUCUCUCUCUCUCUCUCGCCCCCUCUCCCUCUUCCUCUCUCCCUGCCCCUUCCCUCCCUCUAUCUCUCUCUCUCUGCCUCUCCCUCUCUCUCUCUCUCUCUCCCUCUCUCCCUCUCUCCCUCUUUCCCUCUUUCCCUCUCUCCCUCUCUCCCUCUCUCUCUCUCUAAGGCACGCACGCCCAAAAUAAUCGCAAAAUCCCAACAACCGUGUAAGGAUUAGCAACCAAACCCCACAUAUAUAUGAUGUCCCAGCACGCUGAAAUAUCUAUGAUGCUUGUUGAAUCUCGUCGAUCAAAGUUAUGUGGCAUCCUUGUUUUUCACAUAAUACACUCGAGGACAGAUAAACCCUAAUCUUCCGGAUUCUAUUUCAUUAUUUUCCUCAUUAUCUCUUAUAAUUUUUUAAUAAAAACCCUCCGAAUAUUAUGAUUUUUUUUGAUCUGCAGAUUCAGACGAUCCGUUGAAAACUACAGAUCACACAAGGCGCCUUGGCCUAAUAGUAUGCUUCCCUUCCUCACUCUAAUAAUAUUUACGGACCGAAUUAAAAAAAAUAAUUACGAAAACAUUAUUUAUGAUUUUCGCCACGACUCUGCUUGCAGGUCUGCAGGGGCACAGCGGUGAUGCUGGUAUCACCGACAGAUGGCACGGAUGAGAUCGCCAACCCCUUUAUCCAGCCGGAAGGCGCCUGA